ACGUCAGACGCAGCGGCGCCACACGCACGCACGUACACGCGCGCGCGCUCAGAGCUGCGCGUUUGAGACUCGGCGGAGGAGCGUUAGGCCGGGGCGCUCACUCAUGAGGAGCAGGAAGCUCACAGGUGGAGUGCGGUCCUCAGCGCGCCUUCGGGCCCGAAGUUGCUCUGCAGUCACCUUGGCCUCUGCUAGGGCCAUCACCAGCUCGUCUGCCAAAACAACAUGUCUGGCUUCCUCAUCACACAAAGCCACGGACAGACGGACUUCCAAGAAGUUCAAGAGUGAUAAAGGUCACCUUGUGAAGGCAGAAUUACAAAAAGUUGGCCCUAAGAGUGACAUUUCUUCUUUGCCAAAAGUGGCCCCCGUGGCCCCUUGUGAAGAUAAGUGUGCAGAGGACGGUGCUGAAGCAGCUGUCCCUGCAUCAGAGAGCCGGGUGCCUCCUCAGGGCUGCCCCAAGACCAAGAGUGAGGGGCCCUCAGCAAAGGCUGAGAAUGGCCUGCCCACAGACCCCAGCACUGUUGCCGCAGCCCAGGAGCCCGAUGACAGUUCUGCCAGACAGUCGGAGCCUGUGCCCAGGACAGAGGAAGUGCGGGCAUCCGUGCUUCAGAUGGACAGCAGCGUCUUUCUAGAUGACGACAGCAACCAGCCCAUGCCUGUGAGUCGCUUCUUCGGGAAUGUUGAGCUUAUGCAGGAUCUGCCACCAGCCUCUUCAUCUUGUCCUUCCAUGAGCAGACGAGAAUUCAGAAAAAUGCACUUCAGAGCCAAAGAUGAUGAGGAUGAGGCCGAGGGGUAGAGCGGUGGGGGCGGUGCAGCCAGUGUCAAGAUUGUGUAUGGCAUCUUCACGACAACACGCUCUCACCGAGUGCAAAGAGGACAUGAGUGUCACUGGAUAGACACCCAGACACGCUGCUGCCACCAUUGCUGUGCCUCUCCUUUCAUAGACACACCAUGCUGGCACAGGGAACUGGGUAGUGGGAACAAGGAAACUCCUGAGUGCUUUGGCUUUGGCAACAAGCUUAUUUUCCAUGCCAAACUGAUCACUGAAGAUGAAUUCUGUUUCUUCUGAAAGAACUGUUUGUGAGUGAAGUUCACCAUUUUACCUUGUAGUUUUUGCAAAGUAUAUAUGAGGAAGAAAUAAAAUAUAUUUUGAAAAUACUUUUAAGGAAA